AUGCUCAGCAAGUCUACACCAUGGGACGACCUUGGCUACAUUCUACUCCACCCAUCAUGCAAGGACAAUUGCAAGCAUGGAGAGACCCUUGCAAUGUAUCGCUCCAUGUUCAUCCAGACUGAGACUACGCCCAACGACGAUUCACUAAAGUUUGUUCCUGGCGUACCAGUCAUGGAAGAUGGAACUGCGGAGUUUUUGGACACAAAAUCUGCUCUUAAAUCCCCUUUGGCCAUUCGCCUCAUGGGCAUUGAAGGCGUUACUACUGUCUUCUAUGGCCCUGACUUUGUCACCGUUUCCAAGGACUCUGAGACGGCAUGGGCGGUCGUGAAGCCCGAGAUCUACUCAAUUCUCAUGGAGUUCUUCUCAUCUUCUCAGCCUCUCUUCCGCUCGCAAGAAGACCGUGACGCCGCUGGGCCACUAGACACGCAGAUACUCGACACCGACUCGGAGACUGUAGCGAUGAUUAAGGAGCUGCUUGAGACUCGUGUACGACCUGCCAUCAUGGAGGACGGAGGCGACAUUGAGUACCGAGGAUUCACAGACGACGGUAUCGUGGAGGUCAAGCUUAAGGGGAGCUGUCGAGGAUGUGACUCGAGCACCGUAACGCUCAAGUCAGGUAUUGAGCGUAUGCUUAUGCACUACAUUCCCGAGAUCCUUGACCAAGAAGAGACCAUCGCCUUGGACGAGUUUGCGAAAUUAGAAAAACGGCUCUCUAGCGACAACUCGAAAAAAGAUUCGAGCAUGGCACAGUACAUGUCCGUUUGA